UAACAAGAAUGCGACCUAGUUAUCGGGGCCGCCCUGACUAAGCGUGGCCUCCUCGCCCUUCUCCACUCGUAGGCCCGACUGCCCUUCGUCUCCCUCGCUCGUCUCCAGCCUGCCCUGGAUAUUCUGAAAAAAAGCCCCUGCCUCUCUUUUUCGUCGAAUUCUUCGAUGAUGCAGAUACUUUCAUGAACACUGCUAUCGUCAUCUUUGUCUUUCCCUUCUUCCUGGGUGGAUAGCCCUCGUUUGCCGAAUACUGAUUGCUUGCUAAUCACUCCCCAUCCCCUCCCCGCGGUUCCCAGUCUCCAUCGAUAACACUGGGCCUUGCACGCCGCUCCAUCGCCUUCGCCUUUCAUUGCGCAAUUGUCCCCUCCCAAGGGAAGCCAAUUCUUCUCCGUGUAGAAGAGUUCGCACGCCGAUUCGACUCUUCCGAUCCCUUCAGACAUGACGCAGCUCUUUGCGUCCAGUCCGUCGGCCAUGGCAAAUAACGAGAAGCGUGGCAAUUUCCCCGGCCUGUCGCUGCCGUCCAGAAAACAUUCCAACGAUUCAGGCCACCUACCCACGAAGAUCAAGAACUUUUUCCGGAUCAACAGCUCCAGCAGUCACUCCUCUUCUCAUAGCGGGAGCCCGGUUAGCAAUGACCGCGAGCGCGAGAAGGACAACUCUUCGAAGAAUGAAAAGACCCCCUUCCGACAAUCUCGGUUCCUACCUACGAUCGGUCGGAACCGUUCGACGACCGUUGCAAGUGAAGGAAACCCUCUAGAUGAUGGUGUCUCUCCUACCGCCUCUGCCAACCCUUACUUUGCCCACCAGGGCCAGCCCGCAUUGCGACAUCGGAAUGACGGGUCCGUCCCUUCAUCUCCUCCCGAUACCCCCGAGUUGCAGGUCACCGGGGUCUCCGCAGUGGAACAGGCUACGACUGCCAACAAGGAGGAGCUUGCUCGCAAACUCCGCCGUGUGGCAUCUGCUCCUAAUGCCCAGGGUCUAUUCUCCGGGCAGGGUGACGGUCGUCCCCAGACGGCUGAAAUGGGCAAGGAGCCUCUUAUAGAGGUUCCUGGCCCCGAUGGGUCGGUGGGUCUAGCCAGCUCUGCGACUGAAAAAGACUCCGCGCUCUCGGUACCUUCGAUUGGUCUUGGCAACAAUGUCGAUGGCAGUAAUGCCUCCUUCCGUCGCACGUACAGCUCCAAUUCGAUCAAGGUUCGCAACGUGGAAGUUGGCCCUGCUAGUUUCGAUAAGAUCAAGUUAAUCGGUAAGGGUGAUGUGGGUAAGGUCUACUUGGUUCGUGAGAAAAAGUCAAGUCGUCUCUAUGCCAUGAAGGUCCUGAGUAAGAAGGAAAUGAUCAAACGUAACAAAAUCAAGCGCGCUCUGGCUGAGCAGGAGAUUUUGGCCACAAGCAACCACCCAUUCAUCGUGACCCUUUACCAUUCCUUCCAGUCUGAGGACUACCUUUACCUGUGUAUGGAAUACUGCAGUGGUGGUGAAUUCUUCCGAACAUUGCAAACCCGACCUGGGAAAUGCAUAUCCGAGGAUGCUGCCCGGUUCUAUGCCGCUGAAGUGACUGCUGCCUUGGAGUACCUUCACCUCAUGGGCUUCAUCUACCGAGACCUCAAACCAGAGAAUAUUCUCCUUCAUCAAUCUGGUCAUAUCAUGCUUUCGGACUUUGAUCUGUCCAAGCAGUCUGGACCUGGUGGUGCUCCAACUAUGAUUCCCGGACGAAGUGGGGGUACCUCCAUGGCAGCCCUCCCGACUAUUGAUACCAAGUCUUGCAUUGCCGAUUUCCGUACCAACUCGUUCGUAGGAACCGAGGAGUACAUUGCCCCCGAGGUGAUCAAGGGUUGCGGUCACACUAGUGCGGUUGAUUGGUGGACGCUCGGUAUCCUGAUCUACGAGAUGCUUCACGGAACUACCCCGUUCAAGGGCAAGAACCGUAACGCAACCUUUGCCAGCAUCUUGCGGGAUGAGGUAUCAUUCCCUGAGCACUCUGGUGCCCAACAGACUUCCACCAUGUGCAAGUCUUUGAUUCGCAAGCUUUUGAUCAAGGACGAAACGAAACGACUCGGAGCUCGUGCAGGCGCAUCGGAUGUCAAGACUCAUCCCUUCUUCCGGACGACCCAGUGGGCGCUCAUCCGCCACAUGAAACCGCCCAUGAUCCCCCACCAGGGUCGUGCGGGCACCGACACUGUGAACUUCCGCAAUGUCAAGGAGAGUGCCAGUGUGGAUAUUGGUGGCACCAACCCGAACAAGAUGAAGGGUGUUCCAAUGGACUCUGGCCUGUCCACCCCGAAUGGCGAAUUGAACGACCCUUUCGAGGAGUUCAACAGCGUCACUCUCCACCACGAGGGUGACCACUAAACUUGUGGUCUUCCCAGCUCUGCCCAACUUGUACUUUUGUUGUCUUCUCCCUUUUACUUCCGUUCCUCUCCCUACAUACGAGAGAGGCAGCCGCCUGGGCAUCGGCUCCUUGACGACCAUGAUGCAUUGACGACUGCAUUCCAAUUUUUUUUCACCUCAAACCUCCAUCACAGUUCGCACACCUGGUGUACGGAGAGUCUCAAGGCAUUUUGUACCAAUUUUAGUACGCUUCUGCUUGAUACGGGUUAUUGCUUUUGACUUGGUCAUCUCAUGGCUUGCAUUUUGCAUUCUCCAUCAUUCGCUGAAGGCCCGAAUCACGUCUCGGGUUCGUUGCACGAGUACCUCAUUCUUCGUUGCGUGUAUCACUCCUUAUGUCACGAUCAAAUGCGCGCUUUCCCUUCUUGUUUCUCGUUCGAAACUGCGAUAUACAUUUGGUUCACUUCCUCUUUUUUUGUAGCGGGCGGCGUUCAUGGUUCUUCUAUCUUGUUUUUCUUCGGGGGCUUCUGGCACUUCUUGGAUUCACUGGCUUUUCAAUCAUUUCUUCUUCGCAAUUGACCAGUGUUUGUCAUUCUUGCGUCUUUUGAUUCAUGGCGUGGUACUAUCUAUUUAACGAAGCUCGGUCCCAUUCUGAUCUCUGUAUACUGUGCAUGCCUCGGCUUGAGGCUUGCUAGUAAGCCAAAUCUGGUAGCAUUUCCAAACAAGUAUGAAUUGUGAGUAUAUG